AGUUACAAUCUUUUGCGGCUCUCUUUCCACGCGCGCCUUCCUUUCACAGGCGAGAAUCGUAUUUACAGCGCCCUUGCCCGACCACCGAGGGUUUCCGUGCAUGCGCCGGGCGGGGUUGCCGUGGCAACUGGCGCGAGGGGCGGGGCUAACGUCGGCGGCAGUUUUGAGGCCUGCUCGCCCAGCUGGCCGCCUGAGUUUUGUUGGGCUCUCUCUCUCUCUCCCCGCAACCGAAACUGAGGCAUAGACCUAGGUGGGUUGGUGCCGCUAUUAUGUCCCUGCUGAGAGUAAGUCGCUUGCCAGUAGGAAGCAAAAGGAACCCGCCUAAGGCCAGAAGGAAGAAGCCUUCCGCCAAACAUGAGUGGGAUAGCACUGUUCAUGAUCUCACUGUGCAUCGUGCAACUCCUGAGGAUCUUAUCCGACGACAUGAAAUGCACAAGUCAAAAAAUAAAGUCCUUGUACACGUAGAACUGCAAGAAAAAGCAUUAAAGAGCAAAUGGAAGAAGCAGAGACCAAGAGCUCCAGAAUCUCUGGAAAAAAAGAAACUGACCUUGAUGAGAGAGAUUCUCUCUGAUCAGUACCAGCUACAGGAUGUCCUGGAGAGAUCUGAUCAGGCCAUGGCUAUGGUGAAAGACCUAUUUGGAGAUGUCCCUCGCAGGCAUUUAGGAUUCCCAAAUGUCACUGUGGCUCCUGAUUAUGAUGUGAAAUCUUCUCAAGGCCUCAUUACACAAAAGGAUAAUCCCCCCACACAGCUUUCUAUUCUUAGUGAGUCUAUUAUGGAUCCCCAGGCUCUCAAUGAAAUAGAAGGAGAACAUUCUUUCACGUGCAAGACAAACAGCGAGAACGAUGUGUAUUUGAACUUCAGAUCCAACAUUGAUCCAGAUAGGGUGCUUCUGAAAGAAGAUAAUUCUGGGGCCAUUUGCCUGCAAGAGGCUUCUAAGCAGCAAGUAUCUACCACUUCAUCACAGGAAGUAAACAUGCUCUCAACUCCAACAACACAUUAUCAAUCUUUGGGAUACACAGUCCUUAAUGCUACUAACGUAGUCAAGAAAGUCCACUCAAAACUUCAGAAUGAAGAGCAGGCUUCAGAUGCCACAUACAUUGUGCAGCAAGUACUGAAUGCCAAUGUAAGGAAGCAAAAGCAAACGUCAACAAAAGUGAAGAAAAAACAAAGUGCACAGUCUCCUGACACACAGAAGAGGAGUAACUUGAGUACUGCUGCAACUUGCUUUGACCUCCCAAAUGGCAACAAAUCCAGCCUAGAGGUCUUGAACCAAAUGGUGCAUGAUAUGGAGAAUGAAAUGGAGGAAUAUGAGAGGUGGAUGGGGCAUGAGGUCCAGCAAGCACACAAUGGCCAAGGUCUCUCUGGAUUUACUUGCUCGCUGGUGAAUGCUCUGUGUCGACUGCUGCGCUAUUUGAAGGAGAUUGAGGCAAGGCUACGUCAAGAAAAGUUGAACAGGCAGCAGCUUGAAAGGGAGCUAAGUGAACAUAGGACCCUCGUUGAUGCUCUGACUGCUGAAGUCCUCCUGGUGAGAGAAGAAAACCUUGUUAUGCAGAAUAAGCUCCAGCAGUACAUGAUUGUGACAGAUGAACAGCUGAUUUCCCUCAUGCACGCAUUUGGAGGACUUCCUAUUACAGGUCCUAACAUAAUGACAAAUCCUGGAGACCUUGGGGAACUUUCAGUCAGGAGUCCAGAGGUAGCCCAAGAAAAAAUGCUCUCAGACGAUGUUGGGUCAAAGAGAGAUACUCUUGAGCUCUCGCAAGGGAAUCUUCCCAAUAAAAAGCCAGUGUUGCUAAAUCCUCUGGAUAAAAUGCAUCCAUGCCCUACUUUAACAACUUGUAUAAUCCAGCCAGCUGUCUUGUUAUCUCCACCACAACAAAUGAGCAGCCAGGCAUUGCCUCUUCUUCAGGACGAUUCCACUGAGAGAGAAUCGGAAGGAGAGCAAAGGUUCUCCCUCUCAAAGCCACUGAUAGUGCAGGAGGAUGGCAGUUCUGUCCCCCAGAGAAGUGAUAUUCCUGUGGCAACCAAAAUUUCACAGAAUUCUCUACGGUCAGAUGGCCAGUCAUUAGUAAGCACCCGCACUGCUAUGCCAAGACAGGGCUUUGAUGGCUUAGCAGAGAGAUCCAAUGCUGAUGUGACCAUGAUGUUUACCCAGAAUGAUGACCUGCAGGGACAAAUAGCAGAACUAACUCUCCAGAACUCUGUUAUUAAAGCUCAACUGAACAAAUUCAGUCAUUGCCAUCAGGAGACAUGGAAUAUUUUGCAGCAGCCAGUCUCGGUGCAGAAUGGAUCAGUUGUAGAGGGACAGGGACAUGGUGAAGUCAUAAGCAGCAUGAAAGAAUUACCAAAGAGCUUGGAUGAACGAAUAGCUGAACUGAACCGCCAAAGUGCAGAAGCACGUGGCAAACUGCUGCUGCUGACUAGUCAGCAAAAAGUACCGACAUUCAUCUCUGUGUCUCCACCAGUUUCACCAAUUCCUUCACCAGCUAUAAAUUUGCUUGAAAAUGGAAGAAGGACAAUUGAGGUGUCUGUUCCAGUUGCAGAAACUCUGGAUAGUUCUAAGGAAGAUAUUCCUUCUCCUGCCAGUGGAACCAGUGCAAAGAGAUCCAUAGAAAUGUCUAGCCAGAUGUGCUUAUCACUAAAUACCUCACUGGGAAAGGUACACUUAACAUGUGAUACUCACAGAUUAAAGACUGAAAAACAAAGAGAAGAAGGUUGGUUCGCCUUGUCAGCACAUAUUGAGUAGCCCCAAACUAAGCCAAAUGUAUAUGAUUUUGUUUUUUACAUGUUUUUAUGCCAUUCUUAUGAAGUUCUAGAGCAGGAGUAGCUGACCUAUGGCUCUCCAGAUGUUGCUGAACCACCGUCGUUCCCAUUAUCCAUGUCCAUUGGCCAUGCUAAUUGAGGCCGGUGGGAGUUCCAGCAUUUGGAGAGCCACAGGUUAGCCACACAUCUUCUAGAGCCUUUUCUGCCAGGCCUUGGAGAAAGUCAGCGCUGCUAAUUAUGCUAAGAUAUUUCAACAUCUGUGGCUAUCUCCUUCUCAGUAGAAAUUCAUGUCCAUAUUGCAGUUGAACGUAUCUUAGACUUGUUUCCUAUGUGCAGUCUAGGGCAAGAUAGACAGUUGAAAGCACAGUGUUGUGAAGGCAGCUACUUGUGUGAACAACUACUCGUGCCAUUCCCUUGAACCAUGCAGUCAUUACUGGAUCAGGAUGGAGCUGCUGAUAUAAAAAACUUGCUUUGUGCAGCUGCCUCUGCUGCUAUUGUGCUUCCAUAUUGCUGGCCGCAGUAUCCAUUGGAAAUCACAGUGGCUCCUGGAGAUGUCCCCAGUUUUUCUUCAAUACUCAUUUCUGAAAUGUUCAGUAUUGCAUGGUAGAGGGGAUUUUAAUUGACAGUUGAUGAAUGUGGUUAAUAUAACAAGGUCCUGACAAUGUUUUGUUUAUGCAACUGGGUAAACACUUCCUGAAAACAAAGCUUUCUCUUUUUUUUCUGUUGCAAUAAUGAUUGUUUUGUGGAAGGGACAUUCUAUCACAUAAGGCAAAUUCCUAGAUGGGAAUGUUUUGGGUCUGGUUAAUUGAUAGUAUAUGAUGCCCUUACCUGCCUUCAUUUGCCUCGCAGAUUUGUCUUGGCAUUAAGUUUUAUAGUCUGCCUGUUGCUAUUAGGAAUUCAUCUGUGUAAAAUCAUAGCAGAUGCCUAUUUCUUUUUCUGUGCAGUGUCCAAUUAAAAUUUUAAAUCGGAAACGUGCUGCUGUUACUAUUAGCCCUGCCGAAGAACAUACAAAUAUAUUUUUCUGUUCCCUUAUUGCCAUAGGUGGAUUUGAUAAAGUUCUUUUGAAGAACAAGAUAUUACUUUAUUAAAAUAUUUAUAUUUUGCUCUUCUGGUGCAAAUACAACACCCAGGAUGGCUCACAAUACUAAAAAUUAUAGUUUCUUGAAAACAACAGACUAAGGAGGCAGGAUCAGCCUUUAAAACCAAGCCUAAACAUCUGCCACAUACAACAGAAGUUUGUCAGAAUAAAAACUGUCUUUAGCGUCUGAAGAAAAGCAGCAAGGCAGAGGGUCAACUAUACUUCAUGGGAUAAGGUGUUUAUAAUCUAGGUGCAGCUCCUGAGAAGGCCUCUCUCGUCUCACUCAAACAAGCUUCCACCCUAAGUGGGCCACAGAAAAGAAUCUCUCCUUCUGAUCUUAGGGAGCCAAUAGGAUGAUGUGAAAGGAGGUGGUCCUUAAGGUUUCUUGGACCUAAAGCCAUCACAAGCACUUUGAAUCUUGCCAGAAAGCUGUUAUCUGCCUAAACCUCCAUCCCCAGCUGUAAGUGUGUGAAAUGUUUAUCAUGGAGGGAGUGGAGCCAUAAUUCUGUUAAAUGAGUUCACAAACUUGAGACAUAAAACGCAAGCACAAUUUCACAAGUCAUGCAUGUGAAAGUCUGACAGGUUUGUGGAUGGAAAAAUCUGCCAUUGUGCAACACUGGAAGUUCUAUGCUUGUCCCACAAUAAAUGAAUAGACCAACUGAGUCUGGAGAAUUAUCCUGUCAGAGAGGCUUGGGCAUUGUAGUAGGCUACUCAGGAAGCUAACUAAAACUUUAUUGAAACCUGGUUUUCAUUCUUUGAUUGUGUUAAUAAGGGGGUAACCAUACGUCAUCACACCAGGUGCACAAGCUUUUUUGGAGGAAGGGGCAGCUCUUCCACUGUACAGCUCUUCACCUCACAUGUAGACCAGAGCGAUAUGGCUUUGUUAUACCUUACUGCAGGAACACAUUAUAUAUUUAUAAUGGUUUUCCUCAAUUGAUGUUUUACUCUGUUUAAAAUUCAAUAAAAGCUAUAUUUUAAA